AUGACUUUGGGAUGGAACCUUAGUGUUGGUUCAUCUUGGAGCAGGGAUGAUGAUACUGCUUUCGAGAGAGCCCUUGCAAUUUAUGAGGAUGAAACACAGAUUUGUUGGGAAAACAUUGCUGCAGUUGUUCCUGGGAAAACUACAGAACUAAUUAUUGAGCAUUACAAUAUUUUAAUUCGUGAUGUUAUGGAUAUUGAAUCUGGACGUGUACCUCUUCCAGAUUAUGGUGUUCCAGACGAACCAAAUCCCUAUGCUAGAGGUAAAGGAAUAAGCAUUGGUGACAACAGUCGCAAAAGUAAGCAAAAAGGCAAAGAAAAACACAAGCACAAACGACAAAAGGGAGUUGCUUGGACAUCAAAUGAACACAGACAAUUUCUUCUUGGUUUGGCGAAGUAUGGGAAAGGUGAUUGGCGUAGCAUUUCUCGUAACUCUGUGAGGACAAGAACACCAACUCAGGUUGCAAGUCAUGCUCAAAAAUACUUUCAACGUCUGAACUCAAAGAACAAACACAGAAACAGGCCAAGCAUUCAUGACAUCACCGUUGAUGAAGAAAACAGAAACAUCUCACCAGAACAAGGGGCAAUCGGCACAUGGCAAAACGGAAACGUCAAUCUUGCUUCUACCUCCAACAACCAAGCCAUUCAAACCACUUCUAAACCAUCACUAGACCUUCCGGUGCAUAGAAGACCCAACAUAUGGAAUACUCAAGCCCUCUCACAGCCAUCGGUAAACCUUCCAACAUAUGGUGCACCCACCAUAUGGAACGCACAAGCCGCUUUGCCACCACCACCCCCACCACCGUGCACCAUAUGGAACGCACAAGCGGCUUUGCCACCACCACCACCAGCCAGUAUUCCUGUGUAUGGAACGACGUUGUCCAGCAUGAACCAACCAAUGGUUGGACAAAUGCCCUCACAUUUUGGAACAAACAUGAACCAUUUCGCUCAACCUCACAUGACUCCUGGUGUUCAGCAUUAUCCUCUACCUUCCUAUCCGGGUCAUAGUGCACCGAUCAACAUGGGUUCAUCAAUCCCAUAUGGUGACAAGACUUAUGCAACUAAAUCCCAAAGAUAG